AUGGCUUUGUCUAUUGUUAAAGGACUGCUGCAACAAUACGUGCAGUCAUUGUUCAAUGAGGGGAUCGUAAAUGAUCAGUUUUCUCACAUUCAGCACUUGAAAAUGGUUGGAAGAGCUGACCAUUUUGUGCAGUUGAUCAAUAUGUACUGCCUCGAUGUGGAAACCAUUUUAUCACAACUUGCAAGCUACAUUGAUCUCCCUACCAUUGAUUUUUCUAAGUUGGCUGCUCUGGCUGCAGAAGUAGGGGAGAGAAGCUCCUGUAUUGGCGCUGAGCACAUGAAACUUGCAUGUGUGGAUCUAAUGCAGGCUUGUGAUCAGUUGCAGAAGCAAAACUUCCUUCAGGCCUUGAGUUGGACAAAGAAUGAAUUCGCUCAUACCCGUGAAAAGUUACAAGUCCUUGUCCAGAUGGAACGGAGGAUUAUGAGACUUGAAGCAAAACAAAAACAUUAGAGAUGCUGUAUACCAAGUGUUCUUUGAUGUGCCUGCAGAAAUUUCAAACAAAUCAUUGUGAUUUCUUUGGGAAAGUGGUACCGUUUAGAAAAGUAGAAUAAACAAUCUUACAGUAAUUAUUUCAUACUUCUCAUGAAAAGCAGUAAUCAGUUUGAAAUUCUGGCACCUGCUUGUUCAUGUAUUUAUUCCUGCGUGUUUACAUAAACACUAGAAAAGGAGCAAUGCUUUGUCAAUUGCUCCUCCUGAAAGAUCGAAUGUGAAUUUUUUCUGAAAAUGGAUAAAUUGUGCACCGUGGGAUGAGCAAAAGGAAGAUGGCAAACGAAAGUGAUGAAUGACAUUGGACAGCUAAAGUAAGUUUGCGUCAUGGUUGCCAACUUGCUGCUACAAUAGGCUUCUACUUCUCCGAUAAGCCUUGAAGACGAUAUUUUUCCAAAGGUUGUUGAACAAAUUAACCACACACUAGUCAUCUUGGGAAAAUCUUGUGAUGAUUCCAUCAGAACAGAGAACUGCAACAUCUCUAGGUGGGUUCAUGAAGCAAUUCAUGAAAUGCACACAAACUGUGAAGUAUUUGGUGCUAUUUUCUAGACAUUGUUCCAGGGCAACACAGUUGACAAGGGCAGUGCUGGUGAAGUCUGAUUGUAAUGGAUGGGAUCUUUGCUGAAAUUAAUUUCCACGAAUCUAUAAGAUUUCUUUUGGCUUGAACUUUAUUCCUGAUGGUCUAGGUUGAGUAAUAAACUGUAUUAGACUAAUUGAUGGACGAUGUUCUUGUUGCUUAAGAUUACUAGCGACUGGUUUUGGUGGCAGGAGACUCAAGAGGAACAGAUAAUGUCAAUGCUUGGUUCCAAAUGAUUUGGAAAAACAAGAUUGGAAACUUUCAGGUCAACCUGUCAAGUAACCAGGUUAACUGCCCAAGUUUUAAGGCUCUUUCAAAAUUUAAAAGGGUUUGA